AUUUUCUUUCACCCAAAAUUUUCUUUUUUUCAUUUCUCUUUCUCUCAAAAUCCCUUUCUUUGAUCAAACUCAUAACAUGUGGUGUGGUUUCCAGAGUAGAAGCAAGGGCAAUCUCUGAUUAGUCCAAUUUAGCAGUGAGUGACUGUUGUUAACAAGAGCUACUACAAUGAGUUUGACUGGAACUGUGAAUGAUGCAACUGCUACAAAUUCUCCUUGUGGCUUCUCUGAGACUAAUUGUGGAUCUUCAUCUAACAACAGUUCCACUCAUAUUUGCAUCAACUGUGACUUCAGCUAUGAUGAUUCUUUACUCUCUCAUGAAAGUGAAGACUCUGAGUGGAUCUCAGAUUCAAAGUCUAAUCAUGGAUUGUCAUCUGAGAACCCUUUAACUCCUCUGAGCACCAAUGGAAUAAUACAGUGUGUCAGAUCAGAAGAUAAUAUUUCAGUGGAGCAUCUUUUAGAAAUUGAAGACAUUCAAGAGUUUAGUACUGAUGGACCACUUUUUUGGCCAUAUGAAGGGAAAUUCAGCUGGAGUUUUGAGGAAUCUGGAAGCCCGUUUUGCAUCUCACCAAGGGGAGGGCUUGUGUUUGGUUCUAGAUCAAUGACACCAAGGAUAAAGGAAAGUAGUGAGAAAGGCCAUGAAAGUAUAUGCAGGGUAUCAUGUGCACAAAAGAUGAAUGGUGAGAUAGUAACUCCACCAGAGUUGAAUGAUGAGAAAGUUGCAUUUAAAGGCACAAAAGAUGACAACAAAGUGUUAUGUGUUGACAAGACUCUGGUUAAUGAGGAUCAUGAGUCAGAUUAUUAUGACCUUCUAUUGGUUAGAAAAGAUUUUUGUUUGGAUGAAGAAGAGCCUGAGAUUUCAAUUGAGACACUGGUGGGGCUGAAGGAGUUUGAUGGACGUGAAGGGCUUGAUUCAGAGUUUAAUGGUGAUGUGUUCAUGUUGGAGGAAGCUUGAUAUUAAAUAUCAGAAUGACCGAGUUACCAUCACUUUUUCAUAAGUCCCUGCCAUUUUUGAAUUGUUUUGGUAGAAUACACAUACCUUAGUGCAGUUCAUUUAAGAAGAUAUUUUUAAAAUGUAUCGGUUCAUUUCUCAAAGUACAAUUG